GGAGAGUUACAAGGCCCACGGACCCGGAAGGGGGGAGGGCGGAGCGGGACCGGCCGGCCUCGCCCCCUGUGACCAGCUGUCUUGUGCCCUCUCCUAGCCAUGGGCGUGCAGCCCCCCAACUUCUCGUGGGUGCUCCCCGGCCGGCUGGCAGGGCUGGCGCUGCCCCGGCUCCCCGCGCACUACCAGUUCCUGCUGGACCAGGGUGUACGGCACUUGGUGUCACUGACGGAACGCGGGCCUCCGCACCACGACAGCUGCCCCGGCCUCACCCUGCACCGACUGCGCAUUCCAGACUUCUGCCCGCCAGGCCCAGAGCAGAUUGACCGCUUCGUGCAGAUCGUGGACGAGGCCAAUGCCCGGGGAGAGCCUACCCCAGUGAGGACAUCUCUUAAAGAGAAGAACCCACCAUUCCAGGCAUUCAGGCUAAAACAGAGGAAUGAAAAAUCACAGAAGAAAGGAGGUACUAAGGUCCUUGCCCUUCUCUCAUCAGAGUCUCUGCCCUGCUCACCCACCUGCUCCUCCCCCAGCAGCAUGGACCGUUCUAUUUCUUGAGGCAAAUCAGAACAUCUUCCAAAGGCGUAUAUGAUUAUGUUUGCAUGUGUGUACGAGAAGGUGGUGGGGCAGGAUCUUCCAGGAUCUUUUCCCUUCCAUUGCCAGGAUGGGGGGAGAGAGGGAUGAGGCAUGAAGCUGCACACCAGAGUUCAUGUUUCUACUCUGAUGCCAGCCUGCUGGGGUCACAGAACCAAUCCUCAUGCUUUCUGCCCCUCCAUUCCUAUCUCGCUCCAUCCCUCCACGUCCUCUGCCCUUCCCUUCCUCCCAAGCCUCCUUCAAAGGAGAGAGAACAUUUUUCUAACCCCAUUAAAGCCCUGCGUGCUGCCUCCA